GAGGAAUGGUGGGGACAUUUGUGAAGAUUGUCGGCCGGAGAAGUGCUUGAAGGAGAAGAAUUGUGAGAAUGAGAGGAAGAUUGAGAUGAAGACAGGAGUGGAGGAUGAGAUUAGUUGGAAUGUGGAAGAUGAUGAGUAGAAAAUGAUAGAUGCGAGAAAAAGUAUGGAUAAGGCUAUGCACAGCAAUACAGCCGAGCGAACAGGAAAGAUAUAAAAUGGGGAAAUGUUAACAGCAACGGAGGAGUUUCUACUCAAGAAAUGUCGACGUUUCCUAGACAUAGACGCUGGUUGUCAUUCUAUAAGUCGCAGUCAAAGAAGCAAAAAAAAUAGCAAAGUUUGAGAACCAAAGAGCCCUUAAGUUUCUGACACGAAGAUCAACUAUUGGAGGAUAUAGACAGGUAUCUCUUGUAAUUAAAGAAGAACGGGCAAAUAAUGAAGAGAAAUGUGGAAUUCCUAACGUUAGAUGUGUGGUGAGUCGGGGCAAGAAACUAUAGGGGAAUUUAUGGAGAAAGUUGAAGAAAUAGUAAAUGCUUGUAUUUCAUACAGUGAGAUUCGAUAUAGACUAAGCUUUUCACUUGCGUAUUAUGUUGACUCCUAUUUUCUAUAUAGAUGUUGAGAGAGAAUUUAGCUUGAAUUGAAAGGAAAAGAUGAGAAUAAAUCAUUAGAGAGAACUUCUUAGUUAGAUUAAAGCAUCGAUAUCCGCCGCAUUACCAUUCACAAAAUAACCCUUCGAGGUAUGUUUUUGUAAUCUCUAGGGGUGUACCAG